AUGUCUGGACUGCAUACAAAUUUCAUGUCAUUAGUCAAACCGUUUUCAGCGUUUCUAAAGAGACUCAAGCAAUUCACCGAGCAUGACUUGAAAAAUUAUGCUCUGGAUGCAAACGCAAACAUGCUCAGGCGAUCUCUAAAUCACUUCGUACGCUCUAACGAUCCUGAAAAUUCCGCGUUCAAUUAUAGAAGAUCGGAUAAAUCAGCCAGCUACGUAAACAUUUACCGUCACCCGGAUCUUAUGGUGGUUAGUGAACUGAUCGAGAAUCGGUUUUAUUUCGCGACCGUGUUACCGGGCAAAUUCGUGCCGAAGGACGCUUCAAACAUCUACUUUUUCAACACCGACGAUGAUUUAGUCUACGAUAACUUUUACAACGAUUUUGGGCCGCUUAGCAUUGCAUGUCUCUACAGGUACUUGUACUCUCAUUCGUUCAGGUAUUGCCGGGGCGUCAACAAAAUUUUGCGAGAUUUCGAGGGCAAACUGCAGCAGAUAUGCCAUUUUAGCCGCGCGAACCCAGACAAACGAGCGAACGCGGCCUUUCUGGCAACCUCGUACUCUGUUUUGUAUUUGAAGCAGUCGCCGAUCGAAGCUUUCGAGCUGAUCGCGCCGAAGGAUGCUCCACCAUUGAAGCCUUUUCAAGACGCCUCCAUCGGAUCUUCCUGCUACAACAUCAAACUGAUCGAUUGCUUGAAGGGCCUGAGCAAGGCAGCCUCGUUGGGCUUUGUCAACUUGGAUGACUUCGACGUGAGCGAGUACGAGAAUUACGAGCAGCUACGGAACGGCGACUUGAACUGGAUCGUUCCGCAAAAGUUCCUUGCCUUCCUCGGACCGAGCACCGAGCGCGGAAGCAGCUCGCACUAUCCCGAGAAGUACUUGAACUACUUCAUGAAGAACGAGGUCGCGGCCGUGAUAAGGCUCAAUGGACGCACUUACGAGACGUUCAGAUUUACCAACGCCGGGAUACUGCAUUACGACAUGUUCUUCCCGGACGGUAGUGCUCCGCCCAAAAGAAUCUUGAAGCAAUUUCUGCAAGUGGCCGAGAGCACCAGGGGAGCGAUAGCCGUGCACUGCAAGGCAGGUUUGGGAAGGACCGGCACGUUGAUCGCGGCUUACAUAAUGAAACACUACAAAAUGUCGGCGAAAGAGGCGAUCGCCUGGUUGAGAAUCUGCCGACCGGGUUCCGUCAUUGGUUAUCAGCAAACCUGGCUCGAAGAGAUGGAGGACAGUCUCUGGCGCGACGGUCGACGGUUCAGACUACGACACUACGGGGACGAAAAUUUGAUUUUACAUCACAAGCAUGGAAUAUACUCGAUAGAAGAGAAAUCGGAUCGGAAGCUUCGCUUUAGAGAUUAUCUCAGUAAGAGACAUUUCAAUAGAACUAUCAGCGGUAUUUGCAUUCUCAACUAUGCUCACUUGACAAAUACAUGCGAGCAAUAA